UCAGAACAUCAGGGAACCAAGCUCAUGUGGAAAGUAUGGCAGUAUAUUCUUUUCUUUCAGGCCGGGUGGUGAGGCAUGAGCACAGGAGAAGAACUGAAAGUGCAUUUUAAACGUCUUCAAAAGCCUGAGGAAAUUAUGGCGACAAGCUCAACAACAUUUUUUAGCGAGUCAAACAAGAAAGGCGAAGUGAGCGAAUUAAAGAAAAAUUUACAGUCACCAGAAGUGCAGAGAGAUGCUUCACGUUAUAAGAAAGUUAUCCAGAAGGUGAUAUCGUGCAUGACUGUGGGAAUGGACUUAUCCUCUCUCUUCAUGGACAUGAUAAAGGCUGGAGCCACCCAUGAUCUUGUUCAGAAGAAGCUGGUGUAUCUGUACAUUUGUAGUUAUGCACAAUCUAACCCUGAACUGGCUUUGUUGACCAUUAACACCUUGAGGAAAGAUUCUCAAGACAGCAGUGCUAUGGUCAGAGGUCUUGCCCUGAGAAGCAUGUGCUCAUUGAGGCUGCCUGAUCUUGUGGAAUACAUUGUAGAGCCUCUUCUGGCUGGUCUAGGAGAUACAAGUUCUUAUGUGCGUCGGUGUGCAGUAAUGGGAUGUGUGAAAUUGUACCAUCUUAUUCCUGACUUUGUUGAAGAUAAUGGAAUCAUAGACAAACUUUGCCGACUAUUGACCGACCCAGAUCCUCAGGUAGUUUGCAAUGCUAUUUCAGCUUUGGAUGAAAUCCUUGCUGCUGAAGGUGGAGUACAAGUGAACAAAAAAUUUGCUCAUUACAUGCUUAAGAGAUUAAAAUCCUUCAGUGGAUGGGGGCAGAGUUUGCUUAUAGAACUAAUGAAGCGUUAUAAACCAUGUGAUACAGAUGAAUUGUUUGAAAUAAUGAACCUGCUUGACGACCGCCUCAAGCAUCCUAACAGUGCAGUAGUGAUGGCUUGUAUUCAACUUUUUAUCCAUCUGACAAAAGAUAUGAAAGAGUUAACUGAACAUGUGUACAAGAGAAUUAAAGGUCCACUUAUGACAAUUGUCUCUUCAAGUAAUGCAGAGUUGGUGUAUGUGUGUCUGUGUUGUAUAGAACUUCUACUGACUAAGAUUCCAAAAUUAUUUGAUCAAGAAUACCGCUCCUUCUUCUCCAGGCACACUGAUCCACUGUAUAUUAAAACCAAAAAGCUUGAGAUCCUCACCACUAUCGCAUCUGCUUCUAAUGUUGAAGAAGUGGUCACUGAGUUAAGUGCUCAUGUUCAUGAUGUGGACAUAAACAUUUCCAAAAAAUCAAUCAAAGCUAUUGGCGAGAUCACCAUGUGUCUUCCUGAGGCAUCAGAAUACUGCAUCAGUGUAUUACUGACAUUCCUCUCCUGGGAAAUUGAGUACAUUACUUCACAGACUCUAGUGGUUCUAAGAGACUUGCUGCUAAAAUAUGAAAAGUCAGCCAUAGCCAUUUUGCCUGAGAUAGCAGAAUGUCUGGAAAUAGUUCAGGACCCUAAGGGAUUAUCAGCUAUCAUUUGGAUUUUAGGAGAGUAUGGAGAGUCAGUUCCUGAUAGUCCAUACAUGUUGGAACCUCUGGUGGACAAAAUCGACUCAGAGCAAUCUGCUGAAGUGAAGUUACAGCUACUUACUGCAACAAUGAAACUGUUUUUCAAGAAGCCUCCUGAAUGUCAAGACAUGCUGGGUCGAUUACUAAAGUUCUGCGUAGAUGAGGAAACUCACAUGGAUGUUCAUGACAGAGCCCUGUUAUAUUACAGACUUCUUAAAACUAAUGCACAAGAGGCUGAAAGGGUUGUUUGUGGGUCAGAUUCCAAACCAGUCACUAAUCCAUGGAAUGUAAUUACCAACACCCAGAAUUCUAAGGAUGCCCUCUUUAAAGAAUUCAACUCACUGUCAGUUAUAUAUGGACAACCAUCUGUUCAUUUCAUCAGUCAGACUAUACCCUACAUAAAGGGACUUCCAUACACAGAGAAGGAACCAGAGGAAGAGGAAAUGAAGGAUUAAAUGGAAGAACUUGAAGCAAAAGCACCUGAUGUGCCUCCUUCUGAUCCCCAUGUUCUUGUUGGCAAUCUGUUGGGAGAGGAUGUUGUAAGUGAACAUGACGAGGAGAAAGAAGAGGAAGUGGACAUACUUGAGCUCAAUGAUCACCCUGUUUUGACACCUGCU